AUCAGAGUAAUUUGUUGAUAUCCUGCCUGGUAGUAUUCAUUUUAAACUUUGGUAUUUCAAAGCCAAAUUUAUCCCCAGCAUAGGGGUUUAAUUUGCAUUGGGCAGCACAGUUAACAAGAACGUUAUCUAUAUGAAGGGCUGAUGGAAGACACACGGGAUUUGGCUGAACGCACCCCACGUUCAGAGCGGAAGCGGAGAGACUCGUUCGGGAUGUUUGAUGGCUAUGACAGCUGCAGCGAGGAGUCUACCAGCAGCUCCAGCUCAGAGGACAGCGAGGAUGAGGUGGUGCCUUCCAUCCCUGCUAGUCUGCCCAUCAUCAAGAACAAUGGUCAAGUCUACACUUACCCUGAUGGCAAGGCUGGAAUGGCCACUUGUGAGAUGUGUGGGAUGGUUGGAGUACGAGAUGCUUUUUACUCAAAAACCAAGCGCUUCUGCAGCGUGUCCUGUUCUAGGAGUUAUUCCUCGAAUUCCAAAAAAGCUAGCAUCUUGGCAAGACUCCAGGGCAAACCACCAACAAAAAAGGCAAAAGUCUUACAAAAACAGCCUCUCAUGGCGAAGCUGGCUGCUUACGCCCAGUACCAAGCAAGUCAGCAGAACCAGGCCAAAUCAAAAGCAGUGGUCCCUGCAGAGAGCUUUGACUGGGGUCGCUAUAUCUGUAGCAAUAACACAAUCGGAGCUCCAGUCAGCUGUUUCAAGCAUGUCCCUAUGGGGACAUGCUGGGGAGACAUAGAAGAAGGAGUGAGGAUCGAAGUGCCCAACUCUGACACCAACCUCUCCACUAAAGUGUACUGGAUAGCAGAAAUCAUUAAGCUAGCAGGGUUCAAGGCUCUCCUGCGGUAUGAGGGCUUUGACAACGACACCAGUAAGGACUUCUGGUGUAAUCUCUGCAUCCCUGAGGUGCACCCAGUGGGAUGGUGCGCCUCAAGUGGCAAACCUCUUGUACCUCCAAAAAGCAUACAGCAUAAGUACUCUAACUGGAAAGUCUUUCUUGUGAAGCGUCUCACUGGAGCUAAAACACUGCCACCUGACUUUAAUGCCAAGGUACAUGAGAACAUGCAGUUCCCCUUUAAGAAGCUGAUGCGGGUAGAGGUGGUGGAUAAGAACUACCUGUGCCGGACACGGGUGGCGCUGGUGGAGCAGGUAAUCGGAGGCCGCCUCAGGCUGGUCUAUGAGGAGAGCGAGGACGGGUCAGACGACUUCUGGUGCCACAUGUACAGCCCCCUCAUCCAUAAUAUAGGCUGGUCGCGCAGCAUCGGACACCGCUUCAAACGAUCUGAUGCUACGAAGAAAACUGAGGGUCAAGUUGAUGCUCCUGCACCGUUCUUCCAGAAGGUGAGAGAUGUGGACCAGAGUGGGGAAUGGUUCAAAGACGGGAUGAAGUUAGAAGCCAUCGACCCCCUCAACCUCUCAGCUAUAUGUGUAGCCACUGUAAGAAAGGUGUUGGCAGACGGGUACCUCAUGAUCGGGAUCGACGGUUCGGAGGCAGUGGAUGGAUCAGACUGGUUCUGCUACCAUGGCACCUCCCCCUCCAUCUACCCUGUCGGCUUCUGUGAAAUCAACAACAUUGAACUCACGCCCCCUAGAGGGUACACUAAACUGCCAUUUAAAUGGUUUGACUACCUCAGAGAAUCAGGUUCAAUAGCUGCUCCCGUCAAGCUCUUUAACAAGGAGGUUCCCAAUCACGGUUUCCGGCAAGGCAUGAAGCUGGAGGCUGUUGAUCUAAUGGAGCCGCGGCUGGUGUGUGUUGCCACGGUGACGAGAAUUGUGCACCGGCUACUGAGGAUCCACUUUGACGGCUGGGAGGAUGAGUAUGACCAGUGGGUGGACUGCGAGUCACCUGACCUCUACCCCGUGGGCUGGUGUCAGCUGACGGGCUACCAGCUCCAACCCCCCGCCUCACAGAGUAACAGAGAAAUGCCUCAAUCUGUGCCCAAGCAGAAGAAAAAGGCCCAGCAGUACAAAGGCCAAAAGAAAAAGAGGAAGAUUCCGGUUGGUCGACGGCCCUUCAGUCAGGCAGGCAGGAGGAGGAGCAGCUUCUCGGGGGACGAAGAGCAGAGUCCACCCCCUUACCCUGCCCAGGGGCCCUCUCGGCCCCGACCCCGAACCCACCUCCACCAAACCCACAAAUCAGAGUCUCUCCUGCGAAUGAAGGAGGAGACGGCCGAGGUGGACGAGUUCACCUUCUCACAGGGCACCUCUGACCAGGAGAGCAACGGCUCGGGCAGCUACUACAUCAAACAGGAGCCCUGAGGUCAGGAUGGAGCGGCACCAACCGGGACAGGACGCGCCUCUGGAAAAACCCCAGCAAGGGAUCAGGAACAUGGAGAGUCAAACUGGCCUGGAAUCACACUCAGACCAAUGCCACAGGCCUUCUAUGGAGUCAGUACAGGAGAUGCCGCUGACAAGGAGAAGAGGGUCGCUUUCAUGCUUCUGGAACAUCCCUCUGAACAGUUUUCUUACCUUGUAGCUGCGUGUGCACAUAAUCACUCACCAAACCUGGGUCACAUGUUUGGGCAUUCUCUCUCGUACCACCUACAGAACAUCAUUCUCUCCUCUCCAAUCUGAAACAUCCAAUCAGACAAGAGAUAUUUGGAUGGAUCAAGAACAACGCUUUUUCCACAGAAAUGGGAGUCCUGCAAGUUGACACCAGCCCAUCCUGCCUCUGCCACAAUCUGGGCCGCGUACAGAGACCUGUAGAAACUGUGAGAACCAUUUAUUGAGCCAGGUCUUCAGUUUUUUUUUUUUUUAGUUUUUUUUGUGUGUUUCUGUUUUCAGGUUAGAGAGUCAGCCACUGAACGGCCUGAGAGGAAAAGAGAGGCUGGCAGUAAGAGGAGCAGAGUUGUGUAUAUUUUGAUUAUUUUCUUCUGAACAAUAUUGCCAGGUGGACUUAUACUUUGUUAAUAGUACUUGAAGUUUUUUUUUUUCUUUUCUUUUGUAAUGAUUUUGGAGUUGUUUUUGUCUUAAUGUACUUUUUUGCAUUUACAUUUUUGGUGGCUGUGUGGGGAAACUUAAUGUGCAUUGUUUCAUAAAAGUGAUUAUAUACAUAUAGUAUGUGGAGACCUAUUCAAAUAGAAAUACAGAGUAUAGAUAUAAAGGAUUGGGAUUUAAAGAGAGAUCGUAGUACAGUGCUGCUGCUCAGCAUUACUGAUAUUGGUCUUUGUUAUUGAGUUUAUUCCAAUAUUGUCCAGAAGAUUUCCACAGCUGCUGUCAUUUCUGAUUCCAACAUUACAGAACCCAGAUCUGUUCAAGUUUAAUAAUAUUAUUCAUAUUAGGGCUCUGUCAUCACCUCAGCUUCAUUCAAGUCACCAACAUGAAAUAGAUGCUGUAAAAUGUCUAGGACUGCAACUGAUUAUUUUUUGAUUAAAGGGACAGUUCACCCCAAAAUCAAAACGAUAUAUUUCCCCUCUUACCUGUAGUGCUGUUUAUCAGUCUAGAUUGUUUUGGUGUGAGUUGCAGAGUGUUGGAGAUAUCGGCUGUAGAGAUGUCUGCCUUCUCUUCAUAUAAUGGAACUAGAUGGAACUCAGUUUUUGGUGUUCAGUUUCAAAAGAAAUACAUUUGAAUAACUCAACAGCAAUGUCUCUGUCCAGAAAUCAUGAUCCGGUCACUCAAGAUAAUCCACAGACCUUGUUGUGAGCAGUUUCAUAUAGGAACUAUUUUCUUUCUACCAAACUGCACCCAUCAACCAUAUCAUUGCGCUAAAGGAAGUGUACAUCUACUCAUGGACGAGAGGUCUGUGCUUGUGACGCGAGAUUUAAACAUUAUUGGCGUCCUGUUCUGCUGAGCUGUAACGUUGGGGCCCGUACACAUGAUGUAUUUUUUGAGCCCUCAAAUCCACUAUUUACAAUGUAGAUGCACGGAAGGGGCGCUCAAAUGCUAGAGCAAAAACACUGUGAUGCGCAAGUGUUCCCAAGCGCCUGUUUUUCAGCUGUGCCUCAACAUAAACAGAGUUCAACUUUUGUAAUGCAGCAGCGUGAACCACAUGUUGUGAGACAAGCAACAAACUUAAUCAGCCAGCAGGUAUCUUUACCCUCUUCUGUCAAUUUCAGCCUGUGAUAAAUAUUGAGAAGAAGUUGAUCAUUUUUAGUGCAGGUCUGCCAGAGCUUUACAUCUGUCCCAUGGACAAUAUUUUAGACCUAAUACACACUACAAAAUGAAAAUCAGCUAUGCACUCAGGUAUGAGUAGGCUAUGAUACGCUGCUGGUUACAGUCACUUAGCAACCUCAGAUGUAAACUGCCUCUGCGCUCUUGAAAGUUGGCAAAGAGUCGGCACAAGAAUAGACACGGCAAAUGUCCUGGCCCUGAGCUAGCGCAGUGGUGCUAGGUGAGCUAGCAGUAGAUGCACGCUUCCUUCUGAACAGUGAUACAGAUGGCAGGUGUAGUUUGGUACAAAGAAAAAAGUUCCUACAUUUAACUGCUCACAACAAGGUCUGUGGAUUAUCUGGAGUAACCAAUCAAAAGAGACAUUGCUGUUCAGUUUUUCAAAUGUAUUUUUUGGCACUCUGAGCACCACAAGCCAAGCGCCAUCUAGUUCCACUAUAUCUCCAUAAAUAGCACUACAGGUGAGAGUAAAGAUAUGUAUUUUUGUUUUGGGUGAACUGGCCCUUUAACACUUUGAUUUGUAUUAAUUGUUAUGGGCAUUUUUUCAGACAGCUUUAAUGUGACAUUUAACAACUGUAUUUCUCUCAUAUAGCAACACUUUGCUGUUGUAGAUAUAUAUUAGAAAUGCUCUCACACAUUCCAUUAGGCUUCCACUACCACUGUACAUUUGUUGGCUACAUAUUAAUAUCCUUCAGCUGUGUGACGUGGGCAUUGUGAGGUUUUUGGUACAACUACUGUUAUAUCCGCAUUUUUAGCUAAAUCACUUCCCAAAACUGAAAAAACUCUUUACACAACCUUUUGCAUUUACUGUCUAGCUGGUAAACCUGCAUGUAAAUUACUAGAGAUGACAUUUUAAGGAUGAGAUUUAUCAAGAGUGCUUAUCUGAUGAGGUAACAGUGUCAGGUCUUUGAUGGCGUAAUGUGGAGUUUUAGUAGGGACCUUCACAGUAAUCACAGCUCCCACUAUACCACAAAGUUGCUGUAGUAAGAAUUCAGUAGUGCUAAUGAGCCUAGGAAGAUCAGUUUUCUUACAAUAGUUUAAAAAAAAGCUCUUGCAGGAAUGUUUUAGUUAUCUUUGUGAAUAUUUCGUUGUCUUUGUGCUGAAAUGUUGAACAGAAAUGACAAAGCUGUGGAGACGAUAAGCUUUUUUUCCAACUUAGUUUUAAAGAAAUUCUAAACAAAUUAGCAUAGCAUGAGUAUAAGUGAGCUGCAGGGUAUAUUGUACAAAAGAGAAACCUUACUGGUAUGAUAGGGUACACUAUGACAUGUUCUUCUCACUGUCCAGCCCUACAAUAUAUACUUUGAACCUUCACAGUUUGGAUGUAGCUGCUGUCAGGGACGAACCUCAGUCUUAUCGGAGAGACAGACAACACAGCUGACCAACGCUGGCCUCGUGUACUGUAUCAGCCACACUGUACAGUAUAUUAAAAUAUUACAGAUGCUGGCAGACGCAUCACUUACAUACUGUCAAAGGUCGCACUAAGGUCGCACUACAAGAGUUAUUCAGAUUGCAGAUGCAGGUGUUUAUGUUGUCUUUUGGACCAUGUCUGCUGUAUUUAUACCCAGAGGAGGACGCAGUUCCAUCUGGAACUUAUCCUCCUCACCUGUAUGGAGUCUUAAGUAUGCCAUCAGAUUUAUAGACGGCAUUAAAUUAUAGUCCAUUAAUACAGUUCAGAUAGUUUAUUUAGGUAAUGCAUAAAAAACUACAUGGUAAAGAUUUCUAUGACUUUAUUCUGUCUUUAAAGUCAAAGUAAAAUUAAAACAAUUAAAACUUAAUUAAUGUAUAAUUGAUUUUCAAAAAUUUGGAAUGUAUUCAUUUUAUAUAAUGAAACACUGAAAAUGUGGCACACUCCAGACUCCAUAUUUCAGCAAUUGUAGCAUCAAACUUUGGUUUCUGUCAGAGGUCAGACUCAUUAUCAAGCAGUUUUAUUGUCCAAAUAAGGAAAAAAAAAGUUUAAUAUUUCACUAGGGUAAUAUGCAAAGCAUUCAUGUUUUUUUUUUUUUUUUUUUUUUUUUUAAUUAAUUAUUAUUAUUGCUUAGGUUGUUCUCAUGUCAGAGCCAUAUGUAUGCAAGCUAGUUUAUGAUUCACCUGAGCCACAGAAUAACAGGUUUGUUGUUGAUAAUGAAACAUGAACAAUGCACUGCUUUUCCAAUAGUCUCUGAGGGCAGCAUUCACAGAACACGACAGAAUCUAAAAGUGGCAUAAAGACAUAGAUUCUAUAUAUAUAUUCUUCAUGACUAUGAUGGUAUGGAGUUACAAAUCCUGUUUCGUCAGAAAUCCAUGCUUGGCCGUGGAAAAGACAAGACUCCUCCUUUCAUUCUUCUUAGAGCUAGAUUUUUGCAGCUGUUUAUCUACUACCUCCUGAUGCUAGCCACGUUUAGCUAAAACAAGAGUGUGAAAUAGACUAUGGCAGUGUGUUAGCAUAUGCAAAUGAAAAUGAUUACCUAAAAGCGAUCCACUUGAAGACUAGACACCAAACAUGGAAGAAUUUUAUCACAGCACAUGAGGUAGUCUUCUAAUUUGAAUGAUAUGCAAUAAUAAUAGAUCCCAUAUUAUUUUGCUAUGUUAAAUAAAACUUAUAGCACCCUCAAAUGUCAUGAUCACUACAUUAAUAUAAUUAACAUGAGAUAAUUUAACAAAAAUGCUAUUGUAUAACUGUGAUUUUUGUGAGCAAGGGUUCACAUACAGAAUACUCACUGUAUGGCCAAAGGCUGUAUUGAAAUGCAGAGCAGAUUUAAACUUCUCAGUGACGGUAAAAGAUCCACAAUUUCUCUUUCUACCAGUAAGGUUCAUGAUUAGAUUCUCAGGAAGUUUGUGUUUCUUUUUUGGUUGUAAGGGUCGUUAAUACAAGUCUGAAUCAGCUGGGUUUAAACAGCUCAGAGGCGUCUUCAUUAUGUGCAUCUCUUCUGUGGAAGCAAAUAAGUGCCGUAAUAACCAGAAAACUUUUAAGCAACUGAAAAAGUACUAAAGAAUUUAACCCAAACAGAAUACAUGAUGCUGAAAUGUGGAUUACAGCUAAUUUACCUGAUGUGGUUUUAGUCCCAUAGUUGAAGGUAAUUUCAAGUGUUUUAUUUCUUUAUUUUUUGUGAGAAAUUUUUUUUUUUUUAAUUGUUGAAUGUCUUUUCGGGUUCCUGAAUACAGAUUUAAAAAAUCUCUCCAGUUUAAGAAUACUUAUAUUCUAGUUCUUUAUAAUCCAAAAUGGACAUGUAUUGUCAUCUUAAUUAAUUUGUGCACACAAAUAAUUAUGUUUAACAAGAUAAUUAAUCUGGUUUAACAUCACUUUUGAAUAAAAGUUAAUAUUUUUUCCCUAAAAGAUAAAAAAAAAAAAAAUGCAAUCUUUUCAUAUGUCAGGGCUUGGUGAAAUCCAGACACCAGAAUUCAAGAUGAAUAAAGGUUUUUAUUAAGGUUACUUCUUCCUUGUUUUAGUGCAAAUAAUGCAUCACUUGCACUACAGCAUCUUGCAAGGGGAAUUUUGAGCAACUUAAAAAUAUAUUUUUUCCUUUGGAAUUUUUGACACUUGAAUUUCUAUUGUAAAAUCUAAAUUUUCUAAAUUUUGGACCAUUCAAAAUGAACCUUAAAUAAAGAGUAAAUUCAGUAGUAUUUCCACAUCAGGUAUUCAGUAAUGGUUGAAUUUUACAUUCAGGUAUUCAUUUGUUUUUAAUGGAAUUAUUAGGGCCCUUUUUUGCUUCCAUAUCAUUCAAACAACAAAGGUCUUAUCUCACUAAGCAUUUCAUGUGUUUUUGUCUAUUUUUGUAGCUUUUGUCUUCAUGGUAAAUUCUGUAUUUGAGUGGUGACACAAACACGUGUGUUGCUUUUUUGUAGUCUGAUUUGCUUUUUGUGGCUUCCUGUUCUCCUUUUAUUUCUUCACGGGAUGUGAGAUUUGUUUUCUACCAGUUUCCUUUUUUAAUUUGUCUCCUGAUCAGAUUGGAUACAAAGCUCAGCUGAAAGGCGAAGCUUCGAAGACCAAAUGAGCAAUAAAAGACAGUGUCUCACAAUCAUUUGAAACAGAUAGGAGUUAUUUUCCUCUAACGUUGGAGGCUGAAAGACGCAUUAAAGUACUUCAUGACCAAACUGCAUUAAUAUCUUAGUACAAAAAAAAAGACUGUUCUAUGGACUAACUGCUGCUACCCUUCUCUAGAUUAACCCUAAAUAAUUAAAAUGCACAAUCAACACUGUUUUGGAUCUUCUGUUUCUCACCUUUCCUUGUAGAUAUUAAACUUUCUUAUUUCACCUUGAUCCCCAAAUCUAAAAAUGAAACAAGUUUGACCUCCAUCCAUGGGUAGCUGUGUAUUUAAAGUGUGUGGGCAUCAGUAGCUGGAGAUGGAAGCAAUGAGUUGAUUUGGGAAUGGGGUGCACUGAUCAACAGAAUGCAUGUAGAACAGAACACGUUGUGCCGAUGUCGUGCUGAGCUUGUUUUUAUUUUUUUGUAACCGUCAUUGGUUGUUCCUCAGUCUGUCUGUGUUUUUCCUCUUCCACUGCGAUCAGAAAAUGUAUGGAAGCCUAUUUCUGCCAAGAAAAGAAAAAUAAUACAUUUAAAGUUGGGCGUGAUAUUAAUUCAAAAUAUGGACUUAAACUUACUUAAAUUUUAAAAUGUUCUUUUUUCUCAGUUUUGACCAAAGUUUCAUGUUGUUGCGUAUUUUCAUUUAGGCUCGACUGUCUCAUAAUUUUGAUGGCGUAUUUCAUAUUGUUGAAUCAUUAUUUUGGCAUACAGUUACUUUCCAUGAGUAUAUUUUCCCCUGGCAGUAAUGGGCUUCCAUAGAAAGGACUCUGUUGUGGUUGCAGAGUUCUUCCUGCACCUGAACUGGUUCUGCCUGAUGUGGGCAGUGGUGAGGAGCAGGCUGGAGUUGGAUAUUUGUUGUUUUCUUGGAUACUAACACGGGUCUUUUGUAUGUGAUAGCCCCCCCUUCCCCCCCUCCCCGAUUAUAUUAAACCAUUAUAUUGUGGUGCUAUAUAUAUUUGAUAAAAAUGACUUAAUGUAUUGGGAUUACUAUUGUCUGAAAAUAAUUGUGCGUUGAGAGGGUUAUGGUGCAAAA